UUAAUCGACUAUGUUGAGAACCAUCACAACAGAUAUCGUUAUCCGAAAAAUCUUUGUUGCAAGAGAUCGUACGUUCCGCGAAACGACCGCUUUCUGUUCGUGGAACAAAGUGUUUACAAGAGUAAUUCCAUUUAUAAAAAGAGUCACGCGUAUACGUAUUCGUUAUUUAACGUUUGGCCAGGUGUAAAUGCGGAUAAUCGUAAAUCGGUGGGCAAGAGCGGAGAACCCGUUGUUACGUCUUUCCACGUGGUGGAUCGUUUCGGGUCGAGCGAGUGGAAGGAUGGCCGCGUGAUGUACCCCGUGUUUGCAAGGGGGAUGAUGGAAAUGAUAUAAGUUUACAUAGAGGUAGGUAUGUUAAUGCACGGUAUAAAUAAGGAGGCACAUUCGGCGCCUAAUAGGACGCUAAUUGUGAUUAUAUACAACACAGCCGCGCGGAUGCAGCCUGAAUUUUAUAUACCUAUAUAACAUUUAUUGCCGGCCGUUGGACCGGUCGGGUGGCGACUAACAAAAAUCCGCAACGGCCGGGAAUUUAUAGUAAUGAAAGGAUGGAGAUUUAUACGGCGUUAUUGCUUUACAAAUGAUCCGAUAUCCUGGUCCGCUCUCCUCGUACUUAUAAUGGUUAAUUCGUGCAAGCAGGAUCUUUCCGACACCGGCCAGUUCAGACCACCUCGCCAUUAUACCGUAGGUAUAACGCAAAACGGAACGAGGUCUCUUGCAUUCUCGAUCCUCGAACUUAUUAAUUGCCAACAGUUUUAGAUAUAUAUAUAUAUAUGUUUUUUUGGAUUCGUUAAAUUAAUCUCUCGGUAAAUUGGACCCCAUUUACGAUGGGAAUCGGUAACACAUCGAAAGAAUUAUUGGUUAAUGAUUCUUUCGAAAUGGUCGAUUGUAUAUGGUAUGAAAAAUUUGAUAUUAAUACGACUUCGUUAUAAAUUAUAUUUUUGUGAAAUUUGAUAUUUUUAGAUUUUUUUUUUUUCAGUAUACGCGUUUUAGAAUAUUGGAAUUUGAUCGGUGAUUUUUAUUUUUUGAAAAUUAUAUUAAUAAUUGUUGUAUAAUAUUGAAUUAAAGGGGAAAAAUCGGAUAUUAAAGGGAAUAAGUAAUCGCGUACGGAUACAAAUAAAGUAAAGUGUAAGAGUAACACGGGGCGGUUAAAGGAAAAGGUAAAAAGAAAGAAGUAGAACCGAAUAAUUCUCGACGGAAUGGAAAAAGAACGGACGUGAACCGGAGUCUAGAGUUUAUGCAGCCAUUACCACAGGUGAACGCCGCAAGCAAUACGUUGGGUUACGCUGAUUUAAAAGCGCUCUUAGAUUCGGAUACCCUUUUUCUUCCAUUCUUUAACGGUUACAAAAGAUCUUUCUAUCUCUCAAUUUCGCCUCUUUUGUUUCCUUUGUUCCAUCUUUGUAAGAAUCACGUGUUCACGGUUACUACCGGAAUGAAUCUAUCCUUUAUCGUAUGUACUUUUAUUUCCGUAGCUCUUUCUUGUUAACGUUUGCUCGCUUCCUCGUGUCCUUGUUACUCGUACAAAUACACCAUGUAUCUUCUUUGUCAUUUAAUUUCUUCGUUUCAUCGUUUACAGAGAAUAACGAAGAAGAUGUUAGUAUUUCUUAGCGCAAACAACAUUUAUUUAUUUUACUAUUUAUUCCCCAAAUUCUUAAAUUUCUUCUCUCUAGAUUAUCUUGAUACGUCUCGUUGUAGUAAUAUCUUUAAUAAAAGAAUAAAAAUCCCUGCGCUAUUUUAUAUCACGGACGAGAAAAAUUCUACGAAAAUCUCUCGAUGUCGUACAACGAUCGUGUAAUUUUCUUAUAAUUCCUUUCGGCCACGAUAACUGAAAUUAAUCGAGAUAAAUUGUAAUCGAUAUUUCUCUCUCUCUCUCUGAUUACGCUCCCGAAACAAUCGAUCAACAAUUAUACGAUUGAUCUUUUAAAUUCCAGCUCUGAUAAAUCCGUAACGCUUGCAAAUCUCGUGUGGUACACACACGCGUCGGUCGGAUAAGCUUUAUUACGCUUUAAGACGGAUGCACGAGGACGCAAACAAGAAUAUCAAUUUUUCUGGAAGUCUGGUUAAAAGGGCAGGGCUCCAACUCGCCGUCUCUCUCGUUGCUAUUUGUAUUCGUGGCCGGUGCACAUCGGUAUCCAACACAAGGGAACAUAUUGGAUCGACGCGCAUGCUGGUGUCGUCCAAUACUUGUUCUUUAUUGGAUGAACCACGCAGCGGAGAGAAUUUUAAAAACUCUAUCGGUAUAGCCGAUAUAUCGCCCGCCGCUCGUGAAACCCGCUUGAAAAUAACGCCCCCGUCAAAUAUAAAGGAGGAGGAGAAGAGAGAAAUAAGAGGCGAGAGGAGGCGAGAUGAUAUCGAGAUUGUCAAAGGAUAGGAAGGA